UUUUACAUUUCUAAACAUGUUGAUCAUGAGCGCUCAGGUGGAUGUGAUCUGCUGUAAAUCAGUAGGAACUGAUCUGUCCAUGCUGGAUAUUGAGGAUUUCAUCACAGAGAUCAGUGAGCUGAAGAAAGAGGUGGCUUCACUGGAGGCAAAGCUGAGAGAAAGAGGAGAGGACUCGGUCUGGAGCGUCAGAGAUCAGAGAUCCAGAGGCACGCAGGACUCUGAGCUCAGCCUCAGUCUGCUCUGUUAUACUGACGUGUGUGACAGCCGUGCGUCCGUCGAACAGACCUCCACAGAGUCCCCGGGGUCCGACUGUAACGCUGGAGAACAGCAGACGCUGAUGAAGACGUGCUCCGUCACACUGGUGGACUGCAGGAACACACAGGAGACCAGAGAAGAAACCACGGCGGAGAAAAUACAGUCAAGUGACGAUGAUGAUGAUGAUGAAUUUAUUCCUCCAGAUGAAAACAGCAGUUCGUCUGAUGAAGCAACGGCCUCGACCUCGACCUCUAAAGAGCAGCUGAAGACCAAGAGUUUCUCCUGCGUCACCUGCGGGAGAACCUUCAGCAAACAGGGCAAUUUAGCACGACACCAGAGAAAACACACAGAACAGAAAGACUACACGUGUAAGAUCUGCAACGUCAGCUUCCCUUCCGUAAAAGACAGAAGAGUUCAUUUAAAAGAGCACAAGGUGAAGAAGGAGUUUCGCUGCGAGCAGUGCGGGAAGGUUUCCUUCUCUUCGGGGAAUCUGAAGAUUCACAUGAAGACGCACACGGGCGAAAAGCCUUUCCACUGCAGCGAGUGCGACAAGUAUUUCAGCACCAAACAAUCUCUUAUGGUUCACAAGCGAAUCCACACGGGGGAGAAACCGUACAAGUGUCCUCACUGUGAGAAAAGAUUCAGAGACGGCUCCCACUUCAAGUCUCACAUGCGUUCGCACGCCAGCGAGAGACCGUACCAGUGCAGCGAAUGCGGGAAAACCUUUAAACAGCCCAUUUGUCUGAUAUCACACCAAAAAAUACACUCGGAGAAACUGCACCAGUGCACACAAUGUGACAAACGCUUCCGUCAUAUAUUUCAGCUGAAGCGCCACAAGAGGAUGCACUCUGGAGAGAGACCGUACCUGUGCUCGCACUGCGGGAAGAGCUUCUCCGAUCCGGCUCACUUCAAGGUCCAUCAGAGAGUCCACACAGGAGAAAAACCCUACCAAUGUAUCGUCUGCAGGAAGAGUUUCCGUCAAAACACUAACCUGCUGAAGCACCAGAGGAUACACACUGGAGAACGACCGUUCAAGUGCUCUCACUGCGACAAGACGUUCGCUCGCUCGGACGUCCUGAAUGUCCACGAGCGCGUUCACACGGGAGAGAAACCUUACCACUGCUCCAUCUGCGGAGAGAGAUUCGCUUAUCUAGGAGGGUUUCAGAGCCAUCAGAACAAACACGCUAAAGAACAAGCCGCUCCAGAAACAUCAGAGUGACUUUGAUAAAGGUGUAGCUCACGCUGAAUCUGUAGUUUGAGUGUAGUAUCAUGUUGAAUGCUGUGACUGUGUUGUGUUUGACAGAGCGGGACGAUCAUGGUGUAACUCCACCCCUCUGCAGGCAAACAGCACCUCUUCAAAAGUAGUUGUAUAUUUUUCACAGUUUUAUUUUUUAAGUAGCUUUUAAAUCUCAAAUAAUUUUAUGAUAUACACUGCUGUUGAGAUGGAUGGGACUACUCAUGCAUAGCUUUCUGCAAGUGUAUCAGACAUCCUUCAUAUGCACUAAGAAAGAAAUCAUGUGAGGAGAAAUGAAAAUCAAUGCUGAAUGUAAUAAAUUGCAUGCAAUAAUGUGA